CCUGAUUCCCCCUGCCAACUUUCUUUCCCUCUUCAGCCAGCUUAAAGUCCACUGCGACUCGGUCCAAACUUUCUCCGCUUGCUUCUCGCGUUUUCCUUCUCCAAUUCGGUCUCUCCCCGCCUCCGCCGCCAGCUCACUUCAUCAGGUUUGCAAUCGGUGGUUUGGAUCAUUGGGCGUGGAGAGUUGUUUUACCCUAAUUUGCAUCUGAUUCUAGUGGCCUGAUAUGAAGGACCUCUCUCACAUGCUACCUGCAAGUAGAAAUCGUAGUCAGCCCAGGGCGAAUAGACCUUUGCCCCUAUCAGGCAUGGACUACUCAGAAUCACAUCGCAAGCCUCAGGUUCUUGGAAAACUUGUUAUAGCAGUCAUUAUUACAGCCGUAUGCAUACUGAUUCUAAAGCAAUCCCCAAGCUUUAGUGGCCCCAGCAAGUUUUCUCGUCAUGAGCCUGGAGUGACUCAUGUCUUAGUGACUGGAGGUGCUGGGUAUAUUGGCUCACAUGCUGCACUUCGACUCCUGAAAGACAAUUAUAGGGUCACCAUAGUGGAUAACCUUUCCAGAGGAAAUCUUGGAGCAAUUAGAAUUCUUCAACAGCUAUUUCCAGAACCUGGAAGACUUCAAUUCAUUUAUGCUGAUCUAGGAGAUGCCGUAGUUGUCAACAAAAUUUUCGCAAAAAAUGCAUUUGAUGCUGUUAUGCACUUUGCUGCGGUUGCUUAUGUGGGAGAAAGCACACUAGAACCUCUUAGGUACUAUCAUAAUAUCACAUCGAAUACUUUGGUGAUUCUAGAAGCCAUGGCAGCGCAUGGUGUGAAAACUCUUAUUUACUCGAGUACAUGUGCAACUUAUGGAGAACCAGAAAAAAUGCCGAUUACAGAAGUAACUCCUCAGCAUCCUAUCAACCCAUAUGGGAAGGCCAAAAAGAUGGCGGAGGAUAUCAUUUUGGAUUUCUCAAAGGGAUCAGACAUGGCAGUCAUGAUCUUAAGAUAUUUCAAUGUAAUUGGAUCAGAUCCAGAAGGAAGAUUAGGUGAAGCUCCGAGACCCGAGUUACGGGAGCACGGGCGUAUAUCUGGUGCUUGCUUUGAUGCAGCAUUGGGUAUCAUACCUGGUCUGAAGGUUAAGGGAACAGACUAUCCUACAAGUGAUGGAACUUGUAUUAGAGAUUAUAUCGACGUUACUGAUCUUGUCGAUGCUCAUGUGAAAUCCCUCGACAAGGCGAGGCCUAGCAAAGUCGGCAUAUAUAAUGUCGGUACCGGAAAAGGCAGGUCCGUCAAGGAAUUCGUCGAGGCCUGCAAAAAGGCAACCGGAGUGAGCAUCAGAGUGGACUACCUCGAGCGCAGACCCGGUGACUAUGCUGAAGUUUACAGCGACCCAUCGAAAAUCAACCGCGAGCUCAACUGGAGUGCCCGUCGCACUGAUCUUCAGGAGAGUCUUUCGAUCGCUUGGAGAUGGCAGAAGUCGCAUCUGAAUGGCUACGAGUCAGCUUCAGUUGUGGCGCUUUGAUCAGUCUGUUUCAAUCUCGUGCAUUCAUUUGUACAAAUAUGAACUUCGUAAGUCAUUUGCAAAAUCAAACUUGCUCGAUUUAAGGUGGGGGAUUAAAUUUUCGGUGACGAUAGGAAGAAUGAAAAAUGGUGUGCCUGUACCAGAUGUAGAUCACAGCUGAUGGUAGUAGAAUUCAUUUUAUCAUCUCAUUUCGGCA